AAAAAAACAAAUACGAAAUAGGAAAUAGCAAUUGAGAAUCAGUUUCUUCCUCCACCACGGGAAACAGACGAUCACAGAUACGCUGCUGAGAAAUUCAGAUCCGGUGAGGAGAGAGUCCAUCGUCCGUGGAAGCUUCCGAACUUCUUUUCACUGAGCUGAAGUCGAGAGACAGUAGCUGUGAUUUGUGUCAUCGGCGAUCGGAGAUUUAUCUCCCGGGAAAUCGACUGUUCGAAUCUUAGUGGAAUUUGCUUGGAGCUUCUUCUUUUUCUUAAAACCGGGAGUGGUGGAGAGAAGGGGGGAGAUCAAGCGACGGAUAGAGAUAGGUUUUGCUGUAUGUCAGUAGAUUGUGUUGAGACUUAUUUUGGUGGAUUUGGAGAACUCGUGAACCCUAUUCAAUGGCCUCAACUUCGAAAAAGGCGACGGCAUGUGCUCACCACGGAGGCUCUGCUCCGCCUCCGAAACUCGCCUCCGCCGUGUCCAAUACGGUUGCUGGAUGGUCCGGCGGAAGCUCCGAAGGUGAGAAUCAGCGAGCCUCUAAGCUUGCUUUGGAAUCCGUAAUCCGCCCUGUCGAUUCGCUUCCUGAUACGGCCAAGAAACCUGCCAACAAAGGAAUUUCUGUCAUGCCAAGGACGGAAACAAAACACCCGUUGGAUCCUCUCUCUGCUGCAGAAAUAUCAGUUGCCGUGGCGACUGUUCGUGCGGCUGGUGCCAACCCUGAGGUUAGGGAUAGCAUGCGUUUCAUUGAGGUGGCUUCAGUGGAACCAGAGAAGCAUGUUGUGGCGCUGGCAGAUGCUUACUUCUUCCCUCCGUUCCAGCCAUCACUACUUCCAAGAAAUAAAGCUGGACCUGUGAUUCCUAUGAAGCUCCCUCCGAGGCGAGCAAGACUUGUUGUGUACAACAAGACGUCUAAUGAGACAAGUGUCUGGAUCGUGGAGUUAUCUGAAGUUCAUGCUGUCACUCGGGGUGGACAUCACAGGGGAAAAGUUGUUUCCUCGCAAGUGAUACCUGAUGUUCAGCCACCCAUGGAUGCGGCUGAAUAUGCUGAAUGUGAAGCGAUUGUCAAAGACUUCCCCCCAUUCAUUGAGGCAAUGAAGAGGAGAGGUAUUGAAGACAUGGAUCUAGUGAUGGUGGAUCCCUGGUGUGUGGGUUAUCACAGUGAAGCUGACGCUCCUAGUCGUAGGCUUGCGAAGCCCCUUAUAUACUGUCGGACUGAUAGUGAUUCCCCUAUGGAAAAUGGCUACGCUCGUCCAGUUGAGGGCAUUUAUGUACUUGUAGACAUGCAAAACAUGGUGGUGAUUGAGUUUGAAGACCGUAAGUUUGUGCCACUGCCCCCACCGGACCCUUUGAGGAAUUAUACCCCUGGUGAAAGUAGAGGGGGUGUUGAUAGAAGUGAUGUUAAGCCUCUCCAGAUUAUUCAGCCUGAAGGUCCAAGUUUUCGCGUUAGGGGUUACUUUGUCGAGUGGCAGAAGUGGAACUUUCGUAUCGGGUUCACUCCGAGGGAAGGUUUAGUCAUACAUUCGGUAGCAUAUGUUGAUGGCAGCCGAGGUCGCAGGCCUGGUGCACAUAGGCUAAGUUUUGGGCUAAAGUACUUCGAUGCCCAUUUCACAAAUUUCACUGGAGGAGUUGAAACAAUUGAGAACUGUGUAUGCUUGCAUGAAGAGGACCAUGGGAUUUUGUGGAAACAUCAGGACUGGAGAACAGGAUUAGCCGAAGUGCGAAGAUCUAGGAGGCUAACUGUCUCCUUUCUAUGUACUGUUGCUAACUACGAGUAUGGGUUUUACUGGCACUUCUACCAGGAUGGGAAAAUCGAAGCUGAAGUAAAACUUACUGGUAUCCUUAGUUUAGGAGCGCUGCAGCCAGGAGAAACUCGAAAGUACGGUACUACUAUCGCUCCUGGGUUGUAUGCACCAGUCCAUCAACAUUUCUUCAUUGCUCGCAUGGAUAUGUCGGUUGACUGUAAACCUGGUGAAGCUUUUAAUCAGGUAGUGGAGGUAAAUGCUAGAGUUGACGAGCCCGGUGAGAACAAUGUCCACAACAAUGCCUUUUAUGCGGAAGAGAAGUUACUUAGAUCUGAGGCAGAGGCGAUGCGUGACUGUGACCCCCUUGCUGCUCGACAUUGGAUUGUAAGGAACACAAGGACAGUAAACAGGACGGGACAAUUAACAGGAUAUAAACUUGUUCCGGGCUCAAAUUGUUUGCCAUUAGCUCGACCCGAGGCCAAGUUUCUAAGAAGAGCUGCAUUCCUGAAGCAUAACCUUUGGGUUACCCGUUAUGCCCCUGACGAGAAAUUUCCAGGAGGAGAGUUCCCAAACCAAAACCCACGUGCUGGUGAAGGUCUCGCCACAUGGGUGAAACAGAACCGCUCCUUGGAAGAAUCUGAUGUCGUUCUUUGGUAUGUUUUUGGAAUCAUACAUGUUCCUAGACUUGAAGACUGGCCGGUUAUGCCCGUCGAACAUAUUGGCUUCACACUAAUGCCACAUGGAUUUUUCAACUGCUCACCGGCCGUAGAUGUUCCACCGAAUCCAGCAUGCGAAUUGGAUACUAAGGACAGUGAGGUCAAAGAGGUUGUAGCACCAAAGCCUCUUCAGACUAGUUUACUCUCAAAGCUUUGAAGAAGACAUAAUUUUUUUCUUUUUCUUUUGUUGCUUUUUCUGUUAUACAAAAUUGGAGACGUUGGUGUUGCUCAGUUCAUUUUCGGAUUGAAAUCUUUCGUUGUUUGGUGUGCUGGUUGCAGACUAAAAGACCUUUGUCAUUGAAAUGUUCUUUUUCUUUUCUCCAACAUUGUUGUUUUAAAAUUUAAAAAAAAAAAGACUUGUCAAAUGUCAAUCGAGA